CAUAGCUACGACUGCACCAGAAACUCUCCUCCUCACCUCUCUUCCAACUCAUUUAUUCCCUCUCUCACACUCUCUGCAUUCUCCUAUCAGUUCGUCAUCAAUUCGGUUCCACGCCUGAUCUCAUCACCUAACCUCUGCCCGUCGCCGACGUCGAUUCACCUUACCUCCACGGAUUCCGAGAUGGAGGAUUCUCGCGCCAAUGCGCUAAUCCAGAUGAGGAAAGCCGUCGAGAAAUCAGGCAUCAACACACAAGAGUACUGCGAUGCGACGAUGAUGAGAUUCUUGAUCGCGAGGUCUAUGGAGCCUUCGAAAGGAGCGAAGAUGUUCGUACAAUGGCGGAAAUGGAGAGAUGCGGUGGUUCCGAAGGGUUUUAUUUGUGAAUCGGAGGUGAAGGAGGAGUUGGAGGCUAAGAAGAUUUUCUUGCAGGGAUUGUCCAAGACAGGACUGGCUGUGAUGAUUGUUAUGGCUAAACGCCAUUUUUCUUCCAAGGAUCAACUCCAGUUCAAGAAAUUCCUGGUUCAUCUCUUGGACAAGGUCAUUGCAAGUGGUAGCAAAGGAAAAGAAAUUGGAAACGAAAAGUGGAUUGCUAUUGUUGAUCUUCACCAAAUCUCAUACAAGAAUGUUGAUAUACGUGGACUCAUCACAGGGUUUCAAUUUCUACAGAAUUACUACCCAGAACGCUUGGGUAAAUGCUUCAUUUUAAACAUGCCAUGGUUUUUCGUUAGCAUUUGGAGAAUGGUUUCUCGUUUCGUGGAUCCUACAACGCUAAAAAACAUUUCAAUUGUGAGCAAUGAAGAAGAAAGAAGAAGUAUGAUAGAGGAAGUUGGAGAAGAAGUAUUGCCAGAAGAGUACGGUGGAAAGGCAAAGUUUAUUGCUCUUCAAGAUGCUGUUCUUCCUCACUUGGAUGCCUGAAUCAUUAAAACCAAGCAACUUAAAUUUUUAGAUUUAUUGAGAAGAUGCUCAAGAUAUUCCAAAUAGUAAUUUCAUUUGAAUGUAAUUAAAGCCCAAAUAAUAGAGAGAGGGUUGUGCAAAAUUUUAAGUCUUCCAUAAUGUUAAAGUUAGGUAAAGAUUCUCUAGCUUAGCAUCCA